AUGACGCUCAGCGACUGUAUCCUGGCCACCAACGUCUCGCAGGAGGACUCUCAGGCGACGAUGAAGGCUACCGGGAUGUAUGAUGUGAAGGAGAGUGGCACACUCGCCGACUUCCUCGUCAUCCGCAACCCCGAGCAGCAAAAGACGAAGAAGCGGAAGCCGGCCAAGCUCAGCCAGCUUGACGACGACUGGGUCGUCGUCACCGACGAGCUGCCCACAUGUAAA